AUGAUAUCAAAGAAGUGUGUUAUUUACUUUGCUAAAACCUCGUCAAGACUAGUAACAUCAAAUAUCGAUAAAAGAAAUUACUCUCAAAGUAAUGAUGUUCCAUUUCUAAAAUUUUACAAAAAUCUAAUGGGUGAAUCGUUUCCUGAAAAAAAACUAGAAGAGUUGAAGAAAACUGAGCCAAAUCUGUCAAAAAUCACUUCGGAUUCUUUAAAAACCUCCCUAGGUGUAUUAAAAAAAUUUGAUAUCACACCAGAAGAGGCAUGUCACAACCCUCACUUGCUAUGCAUAAACAUAAUAUCUCUGGACAAUUAUGGAGAGAUACUUAAAGAAUGUGGGUUUAUUAAAAUUUUACCUAUACAUUUAAUAAGAUACAAUACCACAGUGAAGUCUCGUACAAUAUCACAUUUGAAAAAGGAUGGUCUUAUUAGAGAGGCAGCUAAUCUUGAGGAGACGCUCUUGGAUAUAUUUCAGGAAUGGCCUAUAAAUGAGAAGUCAUUGAAAAAGUUCUCGGAUUCUACUACAAAUAUAUUAACAAUAAGAAUGAGUGUAUUGGAACGUUAUCUGCAAUGGCGGCUCUCAAUAACAUCCGACGAUUUCGCCAAAUAUUGCAAACACUACUUACCCUUGAAACACAGACCGAUGAAUGACAUUCGCCAAUCAUUGGAAUUGGCCGAGAAUGUUAUAAAACUAGAUAGGAAUUGUAUUAUAAGGAAUGGCUGUAUCAUAUCAUCAGAUCCUGUUAAUACGAAAUUAAUUCUGGAUAAUGUUGAGUCAUUGGCCGGUAUCGAUAUAAAGGAAGCGAUAAAAAUGGUACCGGCGCUUUUGAAAAAUAAUUAUAAAGCGUUAUUGGAAAUCAAGGAUUUGUUAAAGGAAUAUCAAAUAUCUGAAGACGCCCAAAGGCGAUGUUUGCGUGUGUAUUGUAUGAACCCGGAUUCAGUAAGAGAAAGACUAGAAGAUCUUGGAGGAAUGAAGGAAUACAAAAUACUAUCGUCUAAUCCUAGGAUAUUGUAUAUGGUAGUACACCAAAGGAAAGUUUUGAAUCGUCUAUUGAAAAUCCAAUCAGCGAAGAAACAGUGUUUUAGUCUCAACAGUCUUAUUUCGUCGCGGAAUAUAUUUAAUUCAUACAUGACCAGCUUUGGAAGCAAAGUUUGUAGUAGAGACAUCGCGAUAUUGAUUCUGACAACUCUGAAUGGAACAAAUCAGAAAUUGCUAAUAAAUGACUUAAGAAGACACAAAUAUUGGCUCCAUACAGCUUUAAAUGUCAUAUAUGAAAAUAUAUGUAUGUUGAAACGUGAUUUCAAUGAUAAAGUUAUUUUGGAAAAUUGCCAUUUACUAUUGUAUCCUGGAUCCGAAAUAGCGAAACACAUUGACAGCUUUCAAAAAAUGCGAAAAGGACAAACAGAAAAGACCACAGAUAAUUAUAAUAAUUUAAAUUAUACAACACUUUCCGACAGUCAAGUGUUAAGUCUAGUUUUAUAUGAAAUUGAAAGAAACUACCAUUUCAGCGGUGAUGGUAUAUGGACGAACCAGGACGGACAGAGGGAGCAAAGUCUUAAUAAGAAAAUCCAAAUACAUAAAUAA